AUGGAAAAUUGGUGGGGAAAGUUUGUGGGUGAGGAACCACAUGCAAGCACUGGACAUGAAGAUGGUGAAGAGUACUACGAUAGUGAAGAGUUGAUGAGUUUGGAUGGGUCCGAUGAUGAGUUGACAGAACGAAGAAGGAGGAGGUAUCGAGAGUUUAAUGAGAACCAUGACAUGAGGGUGCCAAUUGUGUUGGAGAAGGGGCUACUGUUUGCUGAUACAUGUGUAUUUAAAAAGGCACUAAAAUGGGUGAGGGUGAGUGCAGUUUGUAAAGAGCAAGGUGAAGGUUGUGAAUUGAGGAUUCACGCAUCUUUGGAUGCAAAGAAAGAAUCAAUACAGAUAAAAACAUUCAGACUAGACCAUCAAUGUGGGAAUCAGUAUGAGAAUACGAUGGUUGACGUGCAGUUUCUUGCCACCAAGUAUAUGCCUGAUUUCAAGGAUGAUCCCACAUGGACCCUAUAUGCAUUGCAACAAAGGGUGAAAAGGGAUCACAAUAUUGAUGUUCCUGUAGGCAGAUGCUGGAGAGAAAAAAAGGUUGCACUUAAGGCAAUCUAUGGUAGUCAUUCGGAGCAAUACCGCCAUGCAAGGAAGUAUUGUGAAGCCAUACUGAGGUCAAAUCCCAACAGUAGUGCAUAUGUGAAAAUAGAGAGAUCCUGCUUCCAGAGGUUGUAUAUAUGCUUAGAUGCAUGCAAUAAAGGUUUCAAGUAUGGUUGUAGGCCAAUUGUAUGCUUGGAUGCUUGCCACCUUAAAGGGGAAGUAGGGGACCAGUUGUUGUGUACCAUUGGGAAGGAUGGGAAUGAUGAUAUGUUCCCCAUUGCAUAUGUAGUUGCAGAGGGUGAGACAAGGGCAUCUUGGGAGUGGUUUUUAGGACUUCUUAUUGAUGAUGUUUAUGUGGGAAGUGGGGAAGGUCGCGGGUGGACUGUUAUGUCUGAUCGACAGAAGGGGCUUGGUCCCACAGUAGACCAUUUGUUGCCACAUGCUGAGCAUUGA